UAGCAGAGGUAAGGAGAGGAGAGAAGGACGCCACCAUCUCAUCUCUGGAUGGCUGAACCGUUCUCCUGAUGGACCGGCCCCGCUGAAGGGACCGGCAAGCCAAGCCCACCGGUGUGAGGACUGAGAGAGGAGAGCCUAUAAAAACCCUGCAGCGGCAUCUCAGCGGGUGUCUUUCACCAAGAUCACCAUCGUCCGCCUCCUCUAGCCUCUUUUCGACCUGCAAACUUAAAACUCGGACUAAUCAUUCUUUUGUGUCAUCAGGAUAACACACAGCAGGAGCAGCCAUGUCUCACGGAUGGGGAUACGGACCAUCAAACGGACCUGACAAAUGGGAGGAAGACUUUCCCGUAGCCAACGGGCCCAGACAGUCUCCUAUCAACAUUGUCCCCAAGGAGGCCCAGUAUGACUCCUCUCUGAGGCCUCUGAGACUCAAGUAUGACCCCUCCAACGCCAAGGGCAUUCUCAACAAUGGACACUCCUUCCAGGUGGACUUUGUGGACGACACAGACAGUUCCACCCUGACUGGAGGCCCUAUUUCUGGAACGUACCGCCUGAGACAGUUUCAUUUCCACUGGGGAGCCAGUGAUGACAGAGGCUCCGAGCACACCGUCAACGGCAUCAAGUUCCCCUGUGAGCUUCACCUGGUGCACUGGAACACUAAGUACUCUGACUUCGGAGAGGCAGCCAAGCAGCCUGAUGGACUCGCUGUGGUUGGGGUCUUUCUGAAGAUUGGUGCUGCCAACCCCAGACUUCAGAAAGUUCUGGAUGCCUUGGAUGCUAUUAAGACCAAGGGAAAGCAGACCACUUUUGGCAACUUCGAUGCAAAGACUCUUCUUCCUGGUUCUCUGGAUUAUUGGACCUAUGACGGCUCUCUGACCACACCCCCUCUGUUAGAGAGCGUCACCUGGAUUGUCCUCAAGGAGCCAAUCAGUGUCAGCCCCGUGCAGAUGGCCAAGUUCCGCAGCCUCCUCUUCACUGAAGAUGGAGAAGCUCCAUGCUGCAUGGCGGACAACUACCGACCUCCCCAGCCUCUAAAGGGCCGUCAGGUCCGCGCUUCCUUCAAAUAAACCCUGCUUCACCUUCAUAGCUCUCUUGCCCCUUUGCUUAACACCCCCCCCCCCCCCCCCCCCCCCCCUUUCCCUAACCUUCUUACUCUCAUUGUUCUGCACAUGCAGUCUUUAGGCUACAUUAUAUUAGCCCUAACAACAUCUGAAUUAUAUCUUCUCACACUUUCUGUGACAUUGACUAAUUGGAUGUAUUUUAAAAUAAAAUAACUUUGAAAGUCAUUCUUAAGCUUUGAUACUACAGUAUAGUUCACACAUAAAAUGGUAGUGGUAAAAUAAUACAUGAACAUUUUCCACUCAGUCUUACUCUGACGUAGCACAAAAGAAAGCAGCUUAAGAAUAAAAGUUUGGAUUUACCCCAGCUAACACAGGGACCAAAGGACAACUAACAAUAGGACUGGAAUUCUAGCCCUUGAUCUCCUCAUGUUGUCUGUAACAUGUUGUUCAUCCUACAUUCUCUGGCCAGUCUAGAACUAAUAAUCAAAAUGAUGUUCUCACUUAUUGUGUCUCUUUCUGUGUAACAAGACAGUCGAGUCCAUCAGAGGUAGGAUCUAUCCAAAAAUAUAAUUUUAGAUAUUCUAAGAGUUGAAUUCGUGUUUGUGUUAUUAUAGGAAAUUUGAACACGUUUAAGCAUUUACUAUCAACAGUAAUAGCAUUAAUGCAAUGAAGUUUAACAGACUACAUAGCCAACUCUAUAUUAUGGGAACACCUGUGCUAUAUACCUAUAUAUUACUUGAAAAAUACACUCAGCCCAUCCUUGUUGGAUGUAGCUCCAAGUUACAUGCAGGGGUUAUUAUCGUUAGAAUUUCUUCAUCUUUUUGAAAACAUAAAUCAUAUGCUUUGCCUUGUUUGAAAAUGAAAGCCUUUAUCAGUUUCCUGAAGCUCUUUCUAUGCAUCUGAUUGUGCUGUGGAUUGUGCUGCAGGCAGUUGCUCAGAUUGUUAAAGCUCAUGUUUUAAUUGAUGCCUCAUUUUGUCAGUUUGAGACAAAGUGAUCACACCAGCAACAAGAGCGUUUGGAUGGGACAUUUUUCAGUGGCGACCGUAACAGUUGCGCCCUGUGGCCGCCGCCCAUCAGCUGGCACUUAUGCAAGUAGAUUGUUGGACUUGUGAUCACCUCGUAAUGAUAAUGCGAUGGGAUGCUGCAGUAUGUUUGCGAAAGACAGUCCUACCUAGAAUUGGGUGAUAGAACAGCCUGAGGCGGUAUGAAAGCUUAACUACCUAUCACCAGAGUGCAUUAAAAUGUCUUUAAGACCUAUGGAAUAUAAAGUUUGUUGGAAAGAAGUGAAAGGAUUAAUGACUAUACAAGCUACCGUACCAACACAAGCCACAGAAUUUUAAGCCAUUUAGAUCACUGAAUUAUUCUACUUUGUCAGCAAUGUCUAUAGUCAUUACUCCAUCUAACUGAGCUGAAAUCAAUGGCAGGUAUUGAUUAGAGACCAGAGCAAUGUUACUUUUUAGCUUUUAUAUCUAUGUUAUUUAAAGUGUUAUGUGGAGUGUGGCUAACGUGAAACAGCUGUAACCCUUUCAAGUGUGUCACUUAAAACCGCUGUCACAUUAAAGAUGGAAAAAUAUUUUGUGUGAAUCUGUCAUGUCAUAUAUGGGAAAGAAUUUUAUCAAUAAAAACUAUUUUAAAUUUG